CGUUUUGCAAUCAUAUACCAUUCAUAUACUCAAUACUCAUAUACUUGCAGUGAUGGUGGCCACUGAUAAGACGUAACAUAGACUGUAUUUCUUUUCUAGGGACGAUAUUCAUGGAUGAUUCAUGAGUAGUUAUUAUUCCAUAAAUUAAUGUUUAGGGAAUACAAUACUUUCGGAUAAGAAAGAAAAAAUAAUUUUAUAAUGGCCAAAAAUACGUUCAGUUCAGCAUUUCGAAAAAUAGACGUCGACCAAUAUAAUGAAGAUAAUUUUAAGGAAGAUGAUGGAGAACUUGGUGGAACAGGCCCAAAUGAAAACGACGUGAUGGUACUUCUAAACCAAGGAAAAUAUAUUGAUGCUCUAAAAGCAGUCAUAAACUCUUCUCCUUUGGGAUCAAAAAAUCAACACCUUAAGGAUCAAGCUUUGAAUAUUACUUUGAAGGUGCUUUUAUGUAUAAGAGUUCCACAAAUUGAAGAAGCUGUACAAGCAUUAACAUCUGAUGAACUUGACAUACUGAUGAAAUAUGUGUACCGUGGUUUUGAAAAUCCUACUGAAGGUAGCAGUGGACAUCUUUUGCAUUGGCAUGAGAAAAUUUAUGGCAUUGGUGGAGUUGGCUGUAUUAUACGAGUUUUAUCAGAUACUAAACGUGCUUAACUACAACAAUUUUAUAUCAUAUGUGGUUUAUUGAAUUAAAUAAAUUUAUGUAAUUGCAAACAGUAGUUUAUUAAAAAUUACCGUAGAAA